GACACACCGUCGUCAGUUUGUUUUCAUUUCAACUUGGCGUCGGGUUCACUCGAAAUUUUGCACCGGAGGCGCGCAUUUCAAUUAAAUUCGGGAGAGCGCUGAAUGCGCACGCUGUUUCGUCAACCGUUCAAAUAUUUAAAGACGUAAAACAUUGCACAGUUGAAACCCUAUAACUACCAAAUAAACACGACAACCAAGUGAAGACAAACCAACAAUUAGUGCAUAUUCUUUUAAAACUCUAUAAAUCUACCGUUAUUUUAACCGAAAAUCUGUAAAAAGUCUAUAAAACUAUAUUUUCGUGAAACUAACUCAACGCGUGUAAUCGAAAAGCGUACGAGUAUUUAAUCAUCAUCGAAGGCGAAUGUCGAAAAGUGUUCCGAGGUCAAUGUUUCUGUUUCUGCUGCUGGCAACUCAUCGCCUAAAUUAAGUACACAAUCUGCAGCGAGUUCACCGAGCCGGCGGAUAAAGGACUGACCCACUCAAACAGGACUAAAACCAGCCAAACCAAUUCGACGCCAAUUUUAACUACUGUUGGUGGCGCCAGCAGCGAAUAGCGAAUAAUUGAAUCAUAAAGGACACGGACGGGCCACCCAAAAGGAUCCACAAUUCAGGAUCAACAAAGCCGAGCAAAUAAUUGCUGUAUAGUGUGUGUGUGUGGGUGUGUGCACGGAACGUGGUCUCCUCACUCCUCCCCCCCAGCCUCCAGUCCCAGUUUCCGGUGGGCGGAAAAAGGGGAGUGGCAGCAGGCAGAAUCGGGCAAAAGAAGGCGGCUGCAGGGAAAUGACAGCCGUCCCGCUUUAAUUAAAGCCGGCACGUGGGCGAGUGGGCGUGAGGCCCGAAAGUGUGCGCUGCAAUAAAAGGAGGAAACUGAAACGCAAUGUGGCUGAUGCCGCGGACCGUGGACAACGCAACAAAGUGGACGAAAUUGCUUUUGGAACAUUACAGGAUACCACUGGAGGUGGCCAGCAGUAGCAGUAGCAGCAGCAGCAGCGGGGAAGGCAUUAAUUUUGAUUAAAUCCACCUGAACUGAACCAUUCGCCUUUUUCAAAUAGCAACUAACAAAACGAAACGAACGACGACCGAGUGAAAUAUUAGCUAGAAAACUUUAAGCGAAUAUUUCAAGCAGCCGCCCGGUGUGUGCAUGAAAUUCGUGGAAGGUAGCGCACAGGAUCGGGAGCAGCAGGAGACAUCUUGUGGCAGUCGGUUUUGCGUGCCGCAGGCAUUGCAACAGCCACACAUGAACACGUCCCUGUGACACGAGGAGGUUGCGGAGUGAAGAAGGGGGUGGCGUCGUCGGUCGGGACCCCAGGAAAACAGCAUAAUUUCGUCAACGGCAGCCGUUUGAACUGUCGUCGCCAGAGCAUAACCCACCAUUCCCCAGGAUCCCACAGCCCAAAACCCGAAUCCCCAGUCCGGCCCACAUCAUCAUCAACAUCACCAGCAGCAGUAAGAGCAGUAGAGGUAGAGGCAGGAAAGGCAUCGCUGUCACAGUCAGCGAUUGUUGUCAGCAAAGGAAAAGUAUCAGAAUCAGGAACCACCAGCAGGAGCAGAAGCAAGACCUGGCAUAGCAACACCAUCCCAACCCAUUCCAUUCCAUCCAAAACUUAAUACCCAUUUGCCAGGACCGCCCCGAUGAAUCUGCUGUGCUGCUGUUGUUGCAGUAACAUGGCACCAAACCAGCGCGUCACACGCAAAUGGGAACUGUUUGCCGGACGCAAUAAAUUCUACUGCGAUGGAUUGCUAAUGUCCGCACCGCACACAGGCGUCUUCUACUUGACGUGCAUCCUGAUUACCGGCACCAGUGCGCUCUUCUUUGCCUUCGACUGUCCCUUUCUGGCGGACAGCAUAAAUCCGGCCAUUCCGAUUGUGGGAGCGGUACUAUACUUCUUCACGAUGAGCUCCUUGCUGCGCACAACCUUCACGGAUCCGGGCGUCAUACCGCGCGCCUCCAACGAUGAGGCCGCCUAUAUUGAAAAGCAAAUUGAGGUGCCAAACUCGCUGAACAGUCCCACAUAUCGACCGCCGCCGAGGACCAAGGAGGUCCUGGUCAAAGGACAAACGGUCAAGCUGAAAUACUGCUUCACCUGCAAGAUCUUCCGGCCGCCGAGGGCCUCGCACUGCAGCCUGUGCGACAACUGCGUGGACCGCUUCGAUCACCACUGUCCCUGGGUGGGAAACUGCGUAGGCAAGCGGAAUUAUCGGUUCUUUUACUUGUUUCUAGUCUCAUUGGCAUUUUUAGCUGUAUUUAUAUUCUCGUGCUCUGUGACGCAUUUAGUUUUAUUGAUGAAGAAGGAGCACGAGGUCUUUAAUGUAAUCAAGGCGGCGCCCUUCACUGUGAUUGUUGUGUUCAUUUGCUUCUUCUCGAUAUGGUCGGUGAUCGGCCUGGCCGGCUUCCAUACCUAUCUGACGACUAGCGAUCAGACAACCAACGAGGAUCUCAAGGGAUCCUUCUCCUCCAAAGGUGGACCCCGCACCCAAAAUCCCUAUUCGCGGGGGAACAUCUGCCUGAACUGCUGUCACAUCCUGUGCGGACCCAUGACGCCCUCGCUGAUCGACAGACGCGGCAUCGCCACCGACGAGUUCAUCCAGCAGAUGCAGCACCAGUCGAGUCCGCGGCACGCACUGAGCGAUGUGCUGAGUGCCUCGCACAUGGUCACCACCUCGCAGCCCAUGAUGGGCGGCGUGGGAGGUGGCAUCGGUGGUGCCGGCGGCGGGAUCAGCAUUGGUGGGGCGGAGCUGAAGCCCCGAUUCUACGACGAGUCGAAUCCCUCCUCGUCGACACUGGAGGGCAACGGAGGUGCCAUCAAUGGCCAUGGGAAUGGCCAUGGCAACGGCUUCGACCAUCCGCCGCCCAGUUACGACCUGGUCCAAAACGGUAAGUCCCGCAAGCAUCACCAGCAGCGCUGCUCCCUGCAAACCCUGCUGCCGGCCAGUGCCCAGCAGCAGUUCAAGGCCAGCAAACACAAACACAAGCAACUGAAGCAGCACUUGGUGGCCGCCGAGUUGCAGCAACACGAAGGCGGUCCAGGUGCUGGUCCCAAUUCGCCAUCGCUCCUGCGCUCGCCGGCCACGUCCUCCUCCUACCGGUUGAACCUCAAGCGAUCGCUGCACCUGCCGCUGACACCGUCGUACGACGAUGUCCGCCACUCGCCGCUCCCGCUGCUGCAUCACCACGUUCACGCCCAGCAGACCACAGCCAUUGGCACGGUGGCAGCAGCGGCGGCGGCGGUGGCAUCCGGCGCCAGCGGCACCAAUGCCGCCACCGGCACUGGUACGUGUGGUUCCUCCUCCUCGACCACCACCACCGCACCCACUUCGGUGUCCGUGUCGUUGGCCACGGCCCCACCGCCGCUGGCGCCACGACGCCCGUCGACGCUGCAGCUGCAGGCCAGCGGUGCGAUCUCCGCCAGCAACAGCACCCUGACCACCAUACACACCACGGCGCCACAAGCGCCGGCGCCCACGGACUUCAAAUACUAUUCGCCGCAACGCAGCACCGACUCCAAUCUGAUGCGGAACUAUCCGUUCCCGAAGGCGGCGCGCGGUAUGCGCCGGCAAUCGACCAUGUCGGUGGACUCGCAGAAGGUUAAUAUAGCCGGCUAUCAGCCGCUGCCGAUGAGGAAACCCUACAAGCACCAGGAGGUGAUGUUCGAACUGAAGUCGCCGACCAACCGGCUGACGAUUCGCGAGUGCGACUUUGGCGGUGGCGGUGAACCCUGCGAUGACGAUCAGUCGAUCAAGGACAGCCAGAUCUUUCGUGUUAGUAAACGAAAUCUUUAUAUGAAUCACCGGUCGCCGUGGAAGGAGCGCGACCGCUACUCCAAUCUCUACGAGUAUUCGUUCAACAUCGAUCUCAACUCGAUCAUCGAGGAUGCGGCGGGCAGUGACUCGUCAUAGUACGCAGCAGUAGUCCGCUGCUCCGCCGCCGCCCAGGGCGACGGCCACGUCCACCACCCCAUCGGUGGGCUGGUCCGUCUCCUGGUCAUCCUCCUCGAUCGGUUGUUGGGCGCUGUACAUAAGGCCGGGCCCUGGCCAGCCCGCUUCCUAAUGCUUCCACGCUUUUGCUAAGGCGCCAAAUCGGGUCCAGUUUCCGGAAUGUGGCCCACUUCUUUGGGGCUCCUCCGUUUAGCUUUAGACUCGAGAGCAGCUUUUCGAUUAUGGCUUAACUAGGACUUCAUUUAGGAUUUAAUCUAAGGGCUUGACUAGGCUUUGACUAAGUUUUUGAAUAGUUUGCAAUGUACAUAUACUUUAAUCGAGGCUGCAAGCCAUUUGUUGACCGAACUAUGUUGAAACGGUUCGGGUUUAUUUUGAAUUCGCGCUGCAUCCACUUAAAACUGAUAUGGAUUUUAUUUUGGAAAGUAUAUAUAUACAUAAAGUAAAUAUUACAGAACAAGAUUCAAAAUUAAAUGUUAGUCUAAGUUUAAAUCUAGAUAACACUAUAAUUUUGCUUAAAAGGUGCCCUGUUUCACCAGCUAACCCCGUUUGGAUAUUUACCAUUUAUCAAACUGAAUUCUUUGAUUUCGAUUUGCAAGUAAAUAUUUUGCUUAACCGAAUGCUGAAAGUUCGAGCCAAGCCAACGGAGCGAAUAAAUUUAAAAGUUUGCAGCCUUGAUUUAAACUUUGAGGGAAUCUAUCACAGUCUGAUUGUGGCACAUUUGUGAGACUCACUUGGCUUCCAAGAUGCGCAUAGUUGUUAGUGCAAAUGUAAAUGCAACUGCUACCCUUUUGCAGCCUGAAAUCCGCAUUCGCAUCUGUAUCUGAAUCUGAAUCUGAAUUUCUGUUUGCACCCUUUUGUAGAAGUCGAACUUGUAUUUGAUUUGUGUUUAAUGUUUGAAACCACCAACCCAGCCGUAGACGUUCCCCCCAGUUCCACUUCCCCCCGAAAAACUUGGUUCAUAGAAACUUUUGCGUUUAUAUAGCACCUGCUUCCCAGGCUAGGUGCGUCGGAUCCCUCCUGCUGCAGGAUGCGUUUGCAAUAGGGGGAGAUUCGGCGCCAGGGGCCGCAAAAUGCCACCCGUGUAUGUAUGUAUCCACCUUGGUCUACGUCCCAGCGCCGCCACCUCCAAUAGUGAAGACACCAACUAACCAACUAACCAUCUAACCAUCUAACCAACUAACCAAGCAACCCAACAACCAACUAACCAAAACAACCUACUAACCAGAAAACCAAAGAUCCAAAGAACCAGUAAACCAGUAAACCAACAUCCCCAGCCAAGCAUGUUUCACUCAGUUCGCCUGGUAAAGUGCUUAAUGAUUUUGCUUUUUGUUGGGAACCUCGUGAGAUUUUUGUAAAUGAUCGCAGUCACUUGGGCCUUGAGUUGAAUUCUCGAUUAAUUUGGACGGUUUCAGCCGAAAACUUGAAAUUGCAAUUAGUGAAAUGGAAAAUUAGCAAAACAAUUAAAAAAAACAGAAACCAAAAACUUAAUGAGCCAAAAUAACUGCCAUUUAUCGAAGCAACAUUUUGUUAGGACUUUUUUCAUUUUUACAAUGAAAAUUAAAAUUAAUUGUAAACGUAAACUAAACAUGGAAUUCAAUAAGGAAUUUGAUAAACUAUGUAUCAGUGUUAAGGAAGUGGGAGUGUCAUUUUAAAACUAAUAGCGGAAUACGAGAAAUUGUUGCAAACGAAUUGAAUAUCAAAUAUCGUCGAAUAUGUCUUAAUCUUGAAUAUUGGAACAUUGCCAAGUGACUGCUGCAAAUAAUUAGCAAUAAACAAAAUACCAAAAAAUGCGUUGAAAUUGAAAUGAAAAUUAAAAUUGCAAAUAUUUAUACCUAGUUGUAAUAGUUGAAAGACAAACAUUUUUCGGGCACUCGAUUGCUGGACUUUUGUGGAGGUGAAAAUCGUAAAGCGUAUUAGGUAUAUUUACUUGUAAGCCAGCUUAAAGAAAAUAAUUGCGGCUCGCAUGCCGCCUACAAGGCUUUAAAUCUUGAGCAUUAACAAUAUUAUGGGUUCCUUUUAUAAUUAAUUGCAAGUGUAAUACGCAUUAGCCAGAUGAUUGAAGUUGUAGCUAGUUAUAUAUAUUAUAUAUAUAUAUAUAUAUAUUUAAAAGCGAGUGUUAACUGAUGAAAACGUAAAUUUAUAUAUGUACUUAUAUAUACACAUAUGUAUGGUUAAAUGUUGGGCAAUAAAGUGUAUCUAGCGUAUGUUUAAAA